AUUAGUUUCUCUGCACAAAAUAAGGUUACAUAUACAGUGACAUUUAUCUGAACUAUUCAAACAACUUACCCAUCUUUUCCUUUUCUUUAUAAGGAAGUUUCAAGUUCUGGUCUCAGCCAAAAUGAGUGAAACCCCUUCUACUACUUUUUCCAUGAUUCAUCCUAUUUCUUCUGAAGGUCAAGUUCCCUCUCGCUAUUCCAGUGUAACUAAUCCAAUUGUGGCCAAACGGAUCAGCUUCUACAAGAGCGGAGACCCUCAAUUCGGUGGGGUCAGGGUGGUGGUCAACCCUCGUUCCUUUAAGACUUUUGAUGCUUUGCUGGAUAACUUGUCCAGGAAGGUACCCCUGCCUUUCGGAGUGAGGAACAUCAGCACCCCGCAGGGAAGGCACAGCAUCACGCGCCUGGAGGAUCUGGAGGAUGGCGAGUCUUACCUGUGCUCUCACGGCAGGAAGGUGCAGCCGGUGGACUUGGACAAGGCCCGUCGGCGUCCGCGGCCCUGGCUCAGCAGUCGAGCAGUCAGUGCGCAUGUGCCGCCCUGCCCCAUAGCCGCUGCAGCUCCCGGCAUGCCCCGCGGGCCGAGGAAGCUGGUGGUUUUCAGGAAUGGCGACGCACGGACGAAGCGAGCAGUCCUUCUGAGUAGGAGGGUCACCCAGAGCUUCGAGGCUUUUCUGCAGCACCUGACGGUGGUCAUGCAGUGCCCAGUGGUCAAGCUGUACUCCACAGAUGGAAGGAGGGUUUCCAGUCUACAGGCAGUGGUUCUGAGCUCUGGAGCUGUGGUAGCAGCAGGAAGGGAGCCUUUUAAACCAGGAAAUUAUGGCAUUCAAAAGUACUUGCUUCCUGCUAGACUGCCAGGGAUCUCUCGUCGUGUGCACCCCAAGGGAAAUGUGAGGCCAGAAAGAAGAAAGAUGAGCAUACGUAUGCCUUCAAGUACAAAGUCUCAGAUUUAUUCUGUUUCUUCUGACAAAACACAUAACAAUGAUUGCUACUCAGACUGUUCUUUUGCUCCUGAACAUUACUUGGCCUUAGAAAAAAAUGAUUCUCAGAGUUUAUCAAUAUAUCCUUCUGAAGAUGAUAUUGAGAAGGCAAUUAUUUUUAAUCAAGAUGGCACUAUGACAGUUGAGAUGAAAGUUCGAUUCAAUAUAAAAGAGGAGGAAACCAUAAAAUGGACAACCACUGUCACUAAAGCUGAUCUUUCUAAUAAUGAUGAGAAGAGUGAGAUAAGGAAUAUUUCAAGAAAAAUAGACAGUGGAUCUCCUAGUUUAGAGCUUACAAAAUGUUCACUGUCUGCAGAUGUCUCACCUCUGGCAAAAGGCUUCAAUAAAGGGGGCAAUUUGGCAGAAGAGUUAAAUGCUGAAAUGACAGAUCAAGAGGCUGAAACGUGCAGUUCUGCUAGUUGGGAGAAUGCUGCUAUGGACACAGAUAUCAUUCAGGGAAGUCAGGGUCAAGCAAAGCAUCAUUUUUAUAGGCCCCCUACACCUGGACCAAGGAGAGUAAGACAGAAGAAAUCUGUGAUAGGGAGUAUGACCUUAAUGUCUGAAACUGAGGUUCAGGAGAAAAUGAUUGGACAGUUUUCUUAUAGUGAAGAAAGGGAACGUGGGGAAAACAAAUCUGAGUAUCACAUGUUCACACAUUCUUGCAGUAAAAUGUCAUCAGUAUCUAAUAAACCAGUACUUGUUCAGAUCAAUAACAAUGAACAGAUGGAGUCAUCGUUAGAUAGAAAACAGAAAAGUAGACUGGUCAAAUCAAGUGCAGUAAGUGCUGGUGUUAUAGAAAUUACAAGUCAGAAGAUGUUAGAGAUGUCUAAUAAUGGCUUGCCAUCAGCUAUAUCAGAGAAUUCAAUUGUGGAAGAAGGUGUAGUUGACAGUAUUAUUUCAGACAACAAAACUUGUAUCAAGAACUUCAGAACUUAUGAUAACACCAAUGAUAGGUUCAGUCCUGUUUCGGCAGAUGCAACUCAUUUUUCAAGUAACAACUCUGGAACUGACAAAAGUAUUUCUGAAGCUCCACCAUCAGCAUCCUCUAUUGUCAACACAGGAAUUGACAGACUAAUUAAUGAAUUUGCUCAAUGUGGUUUAACAAAACUUCCAAAAAAUGAAAAAAAGAGUUUGUCUUCUGUUACUGGCAAAAAGAAAAGGAAGUCACGACAACAGGUAAUAAGCUCCAGGUAUCAGGAAGGGCAGAUUACAGCUAAAGGGAUGCCCAAUAAGAAAGAGAGAAUAAACAUAGGUGGUAGAAUUGCACGAGAACCCAUAUUGCAAGAUUCCCACAGUCUCCUUAGAGGAGGGAUACUUUGUGAGGAAGACUUACAGGCAAGUGAUAUAGUCAUUAAAUCAGAUCAUCUUCGUUCCAAAAGUAAUUUUAAUACCAUGAUUUCUAAGAAUUUCUCCAGAAAUAAAUUAAAUACUAAAAAUCCUAAAGUUCAAGGACUUUUAGUGAAAAGGAAAUCCAGACCACGAAAGAAAGUAAGUUUAGGAAGACCUAAAAAAAGAGAAAUUGGUCAAGGAGAUAACUUGUUUCCUCAUAAUGAAUCUAAAUAUUGCAAAAGUACUUUUGAAGAUCAGAGUUUAUUUCAUGUAUUUAACCUCCUUGAGCAAAACCCCAAAACUUCUCAAGCAGAAAUGGCAUCUGGGUAUUUGAAAGGAAUGUCAAAGAAGAGUUUAAUUUCAAAAGUUAACGAUUCACACAUAACUUUAAGAGGCCAGAAAAAACAAAAAAAGGAUAAAUUGAAAUCAGGUGCUAUUGUAAGUAAACAACAUGCUACAACCAGGGCAAAUUUCUUAGCUUCUUUGAAAAAAGAUGGUUUUUCUGAGGAUAUUGCCCAUCAUUCUGUUCAAAAUUACAUACAUAGUUGGUUGCAGGACAUAAAUCCAUAUCUAACUUUACAACCUAGAAAAUUAGCUCCAAUAUGCAAAAAUGAAAUAAGUGUGAUAAGUUCUAACAAUAAUGAUUUUCCAGGGAAGAAUCCUCUUAUAAGUUAUGGAAAAAGAAAUAAUAUUCUUAUGAAAAGUAAUAAGCACAUAACUAAAAAAGCCAAUUUGGCAGGAGAUAAUCUGUAUGGAGAGGGAGGCAAAUCUCUUACUGUGAAAGAUAAUGAUGAAGAACUUACCAAUGAUUUCUGUGAGAGCCUGGUUGGAUCUUUGAAUGAUGCUUACUUGAUUUCAUUGCAUGAACAUGAUGCUUUGUCACAGUUAGCUCUUAAUGAUCAUAAUACUAAAAGUCAUGUGUCUGCUGAAAAAUCAGAACCAGAGAUAAACCUUGUUUACCAAGAAAUUAAUCCAACUAGAAAAGGGCAAAAUGUAGAGGCUGCUAUUCAAGUAGGUCCUAUGGAAGAGGAAAAUCGAAAAGACCUCUUACCAGUCCUGUUGCUUCGUGAACUUCAAGCUUCAGUUCCUGGUAUUCAUAAGACUCAAAAUGGAGUUGUUCAAAUGCCAAGUUCCCUUCCAGAUGUUCCUUUUCCUUCUGUAAUAUGUAAUUCAUCCACUAAUCUCCUUCUAGCUUGGCUCUUGGUGCUAAACUUAAAGGGAAAUAUCAAUAGCUUCUGUCAAGGUGAUGCUCACAAGACUACCAAGAGAUCUUCAGAAACACUUGCAUUGUUGGAGAUUUUAAAGCACAUUGCCAUCAAAGAGGAAGCUGAUGACUUAAAGGCUGCUGUUGACAGUUUAGUGGAGUCAACCACAAAUCAUUUCAGACUCAGUGAGAAAGAAGAAAAUGUAGUUCCAGCAGGUCUUUCUGAAAAUUAUUCCACAGCCAGCACUCAGAGAGUUCCUGAGUGUAAUGAAAACAAAAGAACACAGAAAAUAUUAUCUUUGGAUAGAGGCAGCUCUGCCAGUGAGGUCUGUGCCCCUGAAGUCUGUGUUUUGGGAAUGACUUGCUCUCCUUGUGAGAUGAACACUACAAAUAAGAAUUAUUCUCCAAAAGAGUCUGGUAACCCCAGUGACACUUUUAGUCCUAGUGAUGAUUAUGCCAUGGAUCAGACCUCCAUGAAUACGGCUUCUUUCCUAGGAGAGGUCUGUUCACUCACUGAUGCUGUUUCUUCCCAUAAGGCUUGUGCUCAAAAGGAGAAUCAUAUCAAUGAGGCGUCAUGCCCAAAUGAUGAAUCCUACAUUCCUGUCAAAGUCUUCAAUACCACUGACUUUUUAAAUUCCAAAGAAAACACAUAUACUGAUAACUUGGAAUUAACUGAAGGGUUAAAAAGAGAUGACAAAGUUGAGAAAGACCUAAAUAUUUUGUCAGACCCUGGUUAUAAAAAUGGCUUUAAUACAUUGGUGUCACAUCAAAAUGUCAUUAAUUUAAGCCGCUGUGGUGGUGUGCUAAAGGAAACUGAACUGGAAUUUGAUAAGAAACAUAGUUCUCUAGAUGAAUUUGAAAAUUGUUCACUACAGAAAUUUCAGGAUAAAAGUGCACAUCCAUCCUUUGAUAGGGAAGAAUCAAGGACUUCUGAAGAACCAGACUCAAUAACUAACAGUGUGACUUCAAGUGAAAGAAAUAUUUCAGAAUUGGAAUCUUCUGAAGAGUUAGAAAGCCAGGACAUUGGUAUGUUUAAUACAGAGGUAAAUGCUGGAGAGCAAGCCACUGAAGAAUUAAUCAAAAAAGAAUUAGAGGAUAGUAAAAAUUUAGAAUUGAUAGAUAUCUCUAAUAGGAACAUUAUAGAAGAAGAAAGAAAAAAUGGUGUAAUUUGUGAGACAAUCAGUAAAAGGAUGACACCACCUUCUUUAGUUUUUUGCUAUGAUUCAAAAUUAAAUAGUGAAAAGGAGACCAAUGAAAGAGAAAGUAACAUGAGGGUAAAAACAAUGGUGAAAAGCAUGGAAACUGGAAGUUAUUCAGAGUCCUCUCAUGAUUUCAAAAGAGGCUUUAGAACUCCAGUGACUUCUGAUUGGUCAGAUUAUAGACCAGAUAGUGACAGUGAACAGCCUUAUAAAACUUCCAGUGAUGACCACAAUGAUAGUGGUGAACUUGCUCAAGAGAAAGAAUAUAAUAUGGGAUUUGUUAAAAGGGCAAUAGAGAAGCUUUAUGGUAAAACAGAGAUUGUAAAACCAUCUUUUUUUCCUACACACAGAUCUCAGGUUUGCCCUUACAAUUCUGUGGAAUUUCAGAGUGUGAGGAAAUCAGGUAUUUAUGAUUCUGAAGGUCAUUCAUUUGGCUCUUCUGAACAUGUAUCUAGUAGUUCACCUAUGUUGCAGGAAUUCGAGGAGGAAAGACAAAAUAAACGUACUAUUAAUGUGAGGGAUAAUUAUGGGGGUAACAGUAUAGAAUCUGAUACAAAACAAAAUGAUUAUAAGAGAAUUCUGGGAGAGGUAGAGGAAGGAGUACUGAUUGACAAAGGCAAAUGGCUCCUGAAAGAAAAUCAUUUGCUAAGGGUGUCAUCUGAAAAUCCUGGCAUGUGUGGCAGUGGCGAUACCACAUCAGUGGAUACUUUACUUGAUAAUAACAGCAAUGAGGUACCAUAUUCACAUUUUGGAAAUUUGGCCCCAGGUCCAAGCAUGGCUGAACUAUCCUCUUCAGAACUGGAGGAACUAACUCAACCCCUUGAACUAAAAUGCAGUUAUUUUAACAUGCCUCAUGCUAGUGAUUCUGAGCCUUUUUGUGACGAUUUAUUAGAUGUUAGCAACAAAAUCUAUGCCAAGGAAAGAAUACCAAAUCAUCAUAGAGAGGAGAAAGGUAAUCUUCAGUCAGAAAAAGUAUGUACAUCUGUCACUCAUGCUUUUACGCCUGCUGGUAACAAAGUCCACCCUGUUUCUGAUGAUGCUAUUAAAAACCAGCCAUUGCCCAGAAAUAAUAUGAUUAAUAGUGUGCUUCAAGAAGGUGACUCUUUGGAUAAACUCUAUGCUCUUUGUGGUCAACAUUGCCCAAUAUUAAAUGUUAUUAUCCAACCUGUAAAUGAGGAAGACCGAGGAUUUGCAUAUCGCAAAGAAUCUGAUAUUGAAAAUGCCUUGGGUUUUCAUUUGUGGAUGAAAAUAUACCCAUGCUUACUAAAGUCAAACAAAAACAUGUUCAGGAAUAAGAACAAUGAAGGAGGUAUGAGAAAAGAAUUUAUUGAUGAUGCCAUUGGGGAUACAUCUGAUCAACUUUAUUUCAGUUACAUAUUUGACUUGAUGGAUAAAAGAAGAAAACAAAAGAGAAUUAAGUUCUUAGAAGUAGUGGAAGAAAGUGAUUUUAAAAAAUUUCAAUCAUAUUUAAAGAAAAGAUUUUGUAUGAAUUUCUGGCAUACAUUGUUAGUUGUGGGUGAUAUAAAUUCAAAUACACAAGACCCUAGCAGUUGGAUAAAUGAAAUAUUUAAAGCAGUUGAUGAGAAUAACAACUUGUUGAAUAACAGAUUUCAGAGCUUAAGAACAAAUCUCAACCAAUUAAUAAGAGCAAAUAUCAACUAUCAUUUCUCUUUUGAAAUGCUUGGUCAAGCAUGCCUGUUAGAUAUUUGCCAAGUUGAGAUAUCCUUAAAUAUUAGCAAUGUAAACAUACUAGAAAUACUUUGUUUUUUUGAGGGUGAAAAUAUUUUCAUUUGGCAAGAGGAAACCAAUUAA